UUACAGAACAUUUCAAGAUAACCCCACAACUAUGCACCCCAAUGAAUCCGUUAUGGCAUCAGAAAAAUAUCAAUUAUUUUGGUCGGUUAUUUUAUCUUGCUCUGAAAUAGAUUAGAUUAAUCAUUUUAUAAAAUGCAAACUUUAGUUAAGUAUGCCUAGUCUAUAUGCUUGUUAUACAUCCACAACACAUAUCCUACACAUAAAGCGUACUCUAUAUGCUUAUUACACAUCAACAACACAUCGCCUACACAUAAAGCAUACUUUUCAAUUAAUAGGCUACUGGAUGUGUCUUCUAGAAAUGCGUGUAAUCUUAUCUUCAAUCUCCUUCAAAUCACUGGUAACAAUGAAAUCAGUAGGCCCUGCAGCAUAAUUGCAUUGAGUUUAAUGAUGUAGUCUACUUACAUUGUCAUCGGUAAUGGGUCAUAAUGUAAAUGCAUAAUUUUAGUCAAAUCUUGAAACAAUUAUUUCUACAGUACGAUGCAUCAUUAAUAGUACAGUAAUAUAUUAAAUGCAUUAAUAGUGUGGCCAUGUCCAAGUGGCGCACAUGAAAAGUAACCGAGUGUGUUCCCUCCAAUCAGAGAGCGCUCUCACUCAACAUUAUCCAAUGGGGAAAAUGCGUAUGCAGGUGGCUGCGCCGUUAUCAGUGCAUCCCGCUUCACUCACACCAUAGCUCGAGUCAAUUUACGAAGAAAGCCGACCGUUAUGGUCACCAUCAAAACCACAAAAAAACUAAAUCAGAUCCUCUAACUUCCGAGUGGAUUCUCGUUGUGGACGCAUGCGGCAAGCUCACUAUUGACAGUCUGAAUUGGAGAGAAAUUUUCGAUCAAACUAUUGCCCGACACCGCAAGAGAACUUCUCUCCUAAAUAAGUGUUUUUGUUUUCGGAAGUGUCAUCGUUCAGUGGCUGCGGUAUCCAGGAUAUACGUCUGAAGCACCUGUAGUGGCCUCUGCUUAUCAACCAGUUCAGCACCUUUAUAUUCCUUUCUUCGGUUUAUUGUUAUUUUUACUCGAGCGAAUUUGGUAGUUCAUGCUCUCCAAUGUUAGCUGUUGGGCAGAUGGAUGCUAACCGGCAGAGUGCUUUCGUCCUAGGCAGUACACCGCUGGCAGCAUUGCACAACAUGACCGAGAUGAAGACGUCUUUAUUUCCCUACACUUUGCAGAAUCAUGCGGGCUUCAAGGCGCAUUCUCUUACUCAUUUGAACUCACAGCUUGCCCUGGGGACACCACAUGGAAUUAGCGAUAUCUUGGGUAGACCUAUCAACUCAGCUGGACAGCUGCUCUCUGGCUUUCCAAGGAUAAACGGCUUGGCCACCACCGCAGGAAUGUACUUUAACCCAGCGGCCGUUUCUCGGUACCCGAAGCCCCUGACGGAGCUCCCAGGGAGAGCACCCAUAUUCUGGCCUGGAGUGAUGCAGAGCUCCCCUUGGAGGGAUCCUCGAGUGCCCUGUCCGAACUCUUCAAUCUUUUUUGUAGCUCAAGCAAACAUGAUGCUCGACAAGGAUGGCAAGAAAAAACACUCCAGACCAACUUUUUCUGGACAGCAAAUUUUUGCAUUGGAGAAAACCUUUGAACAGACGAAAUACCUUGCUGGCCCAGAACGAGCUCGACUGGCUUACUCUUUAGGAAUGACUGAAAGUCAAGUCAAGGUAUGGUUUCAAAACAGAAGAACCAAAUGGAGGAAGAGACACGCAGCAGAAAUGGCAACAGCCAAAAAGAAACAUGACUCUGAAACUGAGAAGAUGAAGGAAAGUUCGGACAAUGAGGACGACGACGAGUACAACAAACCUCUGGACCCAAAUUCGGAUGACGAAAAAAUCACGAGACUUCUGAAAAAGCACAAGGCUACAAACCUUUCCUUGGUCAGUCCAUGCAGCAAUAGCUCGGACACCUUGUGAUGACAUUGAGAACUUGUCGAGAAAAGACUCAAACACUCCACGAUGCUUCUAAAGCUAAUUUAACCAGGGUAUAAAUUGUUCAAAAGGAGAGAAAUGGCGCUGAUGGGUGGUAUGAAUGAUUUAUGUUGUACAGACGAAAAUGUGAGAUGUAUAUAUUUUUUACUGAGUAAGUUAUGUUAUUAAACCAAUGUAAACAAGAAAUGGCAGGCUUUUCCCGCAAAUCCCGAUAAGCAUAUACCUUCUCAAUAUUGUAGCUUAAUUUUGUUAUAUAUUGCUGAAUAAUGUCGCCCAUCUCUCCACCUUUACCAUUCUAAAUUCAAGGUACACAAUGUAUGAAUGUAUGAAUGCAAACGUAAAUUAUGUAAAAAGCUUGUUUUAACGAUCUAAACUGUUUUUUUUAUAAUUUGAAGGAAUUUGUUUCACUUCAUCAAAAAAUAGAGAACUGGAUAAUCGUUUGUUGGAAUAAGAGAGUAUUAUUGCUUCCGCGAAGAUGGAAGAAAAAAAACUUUGUAUUAUGAAUAAAUUAUUUAACAAGC